CGCAUAACUAGGUAAAUUAUGCAUUUGCCCUUGUUGACCUUUCAUUCUGUCUGUAAUAUUACACAAUAUUACACAGAACGAAAGAAUUCUGUACUAUACGUACAAAUAUAAGAAGCGUAAGAACGAGGAGAUAAAGGUGUGAUCAGUACCGUAGAAAAGAGGAAAGUACGAAGAAAACAAUUCUAAAACUGGACGUCUCCUCUAUGAGUGAGAAAAAAAUGUUUGAUAUAAGACUGUUAUAUGUGAUAGACUAAAAAAGUAGAAUAUCUUAAAAGGUUAAAUAUUAUGAUCAUAUAGACUAACCGAGAAUGUUUUGAAAAUGACACACUGUUGCAACUUGUGUGAGACACUGAUUCCUAGAGGCAACACUAAUCCAUUAAGCACCAUAAAACCAGGGGCAGAAGGUGAGAAAUUAUAUCCACUCAAGGCUUGCAGUUCUAUAAGCCGUGUCCAGCCAACCUAGCUGCUAAACCUGCCUUAACGUUAAUUUACAGCCGAACUCGAACUUUCGAAUCCGAACUUUUCCAACUCGAACUCGAACUGUUCGAAGCAGAACUUCGAACGUAGGUUCGGGUUUGUAACAUCCCUACAUGUAUCAAUAGGCGAAGAAAUGGACUACAUUUUAUUAAUCAAGACGUUUCUAAAGAAAACUUUCUAUGAUUGAAAACAAAUUUCUUAUUAACCGCUAUAUCGAUACUACGUAGUCUAAAGCUUUUCUUCUUCAAACACAUUUUUAAUGACAUAUCGUAAUUAUAAUUAAUUCGACUGAAAUAAUAAUUUUUCUUAGUUCGUGAAUUACAUUUACGCAAAUUAUAAUUUGUGAUUAAAGAUCCCAUGUUUUAUAUAGUCGUCUUCUGUUAUCAUAAAAAUAUAUAUAAUGCUUAAAUAAGUAAUUAAAAAUUUCGCAGCGCCAUAAAAGUAGACGUAGCGGUAAGAAUCCUUUUAUAAGAAUCACAUGUAAAUAUUCAUUUAUUAAAUAAUAUCUCGAGGAAUAAAGGCGACACAACUAUCUAAGAACAGACUAUGUUUAUAACCGAAAAAAUAUUACUUUCCAACUUAGAAAAUGUUUUUAUACUGAUCACAGUCAUGAAAUAAAUGUUAACUUGACAUAUUUAUCGGUUAAAAUUGUAUCUCAUUAUUUCUAUUUAUAUUGAAAAUAUCAUUGAAAAACUUUUAUUUCUAAAUACAAAACAUUUUUAGAAUUCUUAAAAGCCUAUUUGUAUGACAUGUCGUUUUAAUUAAUGUUACUUUUUUUACUUAGUACAAAUGGCUGAUAACACAUUGAAAGUGGACAUAACGUCUGAGCUCCUAGUUAAUUCCCCUUAAAAAAUUUUCAAAAGAUCCUCUAACGAAAAAUGUUAUUUUUUACGAACACGUGCGCGGUUUUAUUAUAUCAGAAUUAAAGGCAAAUUUAACAGUUACAGAACGUCAACUAUUACUAAAAACAAUAAGUCUAAAAAUAUCAUCUAUGAAAAACAAUGUUACUAAACGAUACCGUAAAAGUAGAAUUAUCAAAUUCGAUUCAUAUCCGUCAACAUGUUUCAAAAUUAAAUCUAACGAUUUUUGUUUUAAUUCUCCAACCAUCGUUUUACCACCUACAAUUUUGAUUCCAACUCUUCCAUCGUCAAUAAAUAAUAGUAAGCUUAUAAAUAAUACUUUAAUAUCUCUAAUGACUAAUAUUAAUGAUCCAGUACUUGCAAAUUAUAAUCAAAAUUUUUCAUUAUUCGAUUAUGAUUUUGAACAAAAUACGAAGUAAAGAAAAUAUGUGAAAAAGAAAAUUUGAUUUUACGAUUGAGCCGUAACGGACUUAUUUAUUAUUUAGUAAAUUACGAGUAUAACACAUAUAAAUAAUAAUUAUUCUAGAUCUUUUAAACCAAUUGAAUUUGAUCAAAAUUUAUCUUCAGUUUUGGAAUGGAAGGAAACAAGUCAGAUUACGGAUAAAGCAAUAUGUAAAAUUCGUAAAAUAAAUGUCAAUUUUAAUUCUACAACUCUUCGUGCAUUAAUACCAGCAUCAAUAUCCAAAAUUCCAACCGUCAUACCAACAAUUUAUGAAUUAAAAAAUCAAGAAGUGAACUGA